GAGAAAAUUUGAGGUUAUGUUUGCAAAUUUAAUAUUGAUAUGUUUUGAAAAGGAAAACUGAUUGUUUUCUUUGUUUUUCCCUUGGUUUUUUGUCAAAAAUUUGGUGAUUCUAGAUUGUGUUGUGAUUGUGAAUAGAAUUUUAUAACUAUUAAUUGGUUUAUAUAAGUAAAUUCGUUUUUAACAGUGUUUAUCUUUUGAUCUUUGAUUUUGAACAUUUCGAUUUCUAACCUCUUGUUUACAUAAUUUUUGUGUAAUUUGUAAAUUUUUAUACUGACAAUUGAAUGAAAUGUUGAACAAGUAGUGCGGUGAAAGAAAAACGAUUGUUUUUUUGUUUAUUAGGGAUUUUAAAACAAGUAGAGGAGAUAAGAAACAAGUGGUCAAGAUGAUGAAAAUAUCAUCUCUGGAGGAUUUCGAGAAUCCUCUCUUUGAUAACAGGACAACGGCAAGUUUGAUUGAGAAUAAAUUGAUUUAUUGUAAUAGAGAAAAUCUUCAUGAAGAAACACAACCGUUCGCAGUAUAUCUGCGUGAUUUUCCUGUUAUUUCCAUAACACACGAUAUGCUCGCAACUCGUGAGUCUGUUCGCACUAUUGGAGCUGGCGAUUUAUUUCUUCCGGUUCAGGACAGUGUUUUUAAAAAAAUUGUUAGUGUUUGGCGAGAAAAGGGAAUUAUUGAAGCAAUUCGUGCUACGAGUGCUGAAAAUCCAGAGAGAAUAACGCCGGGGAUUUUUUGGAUUGCCUCGCAAUUAACCCGAGUUUUAGAUUUAGUGGAAAAGGGAAGUUUUCGAAGUGAAGGACUUCCGAUUUCUGGAUCAGGUUCAAUUGCUGAUAUUGCUAAUACUCGAGAUUGGAUAACAGCUCUGAUUCGUUGCAUUUCGUGGCAUCCACAUUGGACACGUUUGGCGGUGGCAACCAGGGACGAUAGAAUUCGCAUUUUCUCAAAGGACAUUUCGGGUGUUGCUAUUUUGAAGCACAAUGCACAAAAGUCUGUUUGCUGUAUGAAUUGGAGGACAAAUUGUGGUCGUCAAUUGGCAGUUGCUUGUCAAUCGGGAAUUUUAAUAUGGACCAUUGAAUUGGGUGCAGCCAGUAAUUCACUGAGUCACGCAACUCUGUUAAAGUAUAAAAAUCAUGCACCAGUUACAAGUGUCACGUGGAAUCCAGAGGGUGAUUUGUUAGUGUCCUCAUCAUUGACAGACUCGAAUAUGAUAAUCUGGGAUGUUUCGAGGGAAAGUGGAAUCCCCUUGAAGAGAGUUGGCAGUGGGGGUUUGUGUUUUACUCGAUGGUCAUCUUGUGGAUCGAGAUUAUUCUCUGCAUCUUGCAGCAAAGUUUUUAGGAUCUGGAAUAUCGGCACUGGUGCGCCUUGGAUACCGGAAAAAUGGACAGUCUCAAGUGGGCGGGUUGCUGCCGCGUGCUUUGGACCAAAUUUGACACUUCUGUUCGCAUCGACGGAAGACCCAGCGACUGUAUUUUCAAUGCCAUUGGAAGAUCAUAUUUUUGACGUUAAAACUGUGGGCAAUUUUAAUGACUCAAAAGUCGCGGUUCCUCUCAUUGAUCUCAGCAAAUUUACCUUCACGAAUCCGGAUAAUGACGAGGAGGAGGUGACAAUUGGUGGACGAGUAAUUUCCAUGGAUUGGGAUCCUUCGGGGAGAUAUUUGGCGAUUAUAUUCCAAGAAAGUCCAUUGGUCGCGGUGUUUACGACAAAAAUAGGAGCAACUUCUCGUGUAACGAACGUAAAAGCCGGAUGUUUGAUUAAAGGUUUUGCACUGGAAGUGCCGAAUUGUAUUCAAUUUUAUCAGAAUCAUAAGAAAGAUUCCGAAGAGGUUUGCUUGACGAUUGCCUGGAGUAGCGGGCGAAUACAGCAUUUUCCUAUUGUCUCACACGUCGAAAGUCAAGCAGAUGUUUGCCGAGAAACAACUUUUUCUAGUUCUGUUAUAGGCAGUCCACUUUAUAGUUCAUUUUCUUCGUACGAAUAGAAUUAAUCAUCAAUUUCGAAAUUAAAUAUAAUCGUUAUUUCCACUUUUUUUACGUCGAUUUGUAUAUAAAAAUAAAACUCUAAAAUUAGAUCUAAAA